AUGGCUCCUAAUUAUUUUCAAAAGCCGGAAGCUGCAUUGAAACGAGCGCAAGAACUCAUUCAAGUUGGAAAAGAUGCUGAUGCGUUAGAUACUCUUCACGAUACGAUCAAGGCAAAAAGGCAUAAACAAUGGACUACUGUCCACGAACAAAUUAUGAUUAAGCACAUGGAGCUUUGUGUAGAACUAAAAAAGCAUCAUUUAGCGAAAGACGCACUAUUCCAAUAUAAGGCUCUAACACAACAGGUCAAUGUAAAAUCUUUGGAGACUGUCAUCGAGCAUUUUUUGAAAUUAGCUGAACAGAAAACCGAAGAAGCGCAAAAACAAUCUAUUGACAAAGUUGAAGAAAUUGGAGAUCUUGACCAAGGAGAUGUUCCGGAAAGGCUUCUUCUUGCAGUCGUUUCUGGAGCCGCUGCUCAAGAUAGAAUGGAUCGAACCGUGUUGGCACCAUGGCUUCGAUUUCUUUGGGACUCGUACAGGAAUUGCCUUGAGCUUCUUCGAAACAAUGCUCAAGUUGAGCACCUCUAUCAUCAUAUUAGUAGGCAAUCAUUCAAUUUCUGCUUAAAAUAUCAAAGAAGAACCGAGUUCCGGAAGCUUUGCGAUCUGCUGAGAAUGCAUUUGAAUCAUAUUCAAAAACAUCAAUAUAUGGCCCAUGUUGUCAAACUCACUUCACCUGAAUCUCUUGCCCUUAUGCAGGAAACACGAUUGUACCAGUUGGAUACAGCUAUUCAAAUGGAAUUGUGGCAAGAAGCUUAUAAGAGUGCUGAGGAUGUUCACGGUAUGAUGCAACUUUCUAAAGACAAAGACAAAAGGACCGUGAAACCGUCGAGCUACGUCAAUUAUUAUGAUAAACUCGCCCUUGUUUUCUGGAAAGCUGGAAACUCGCUGUUCCACGCUGCUGCUCUUUUGCAAAAAUAUAUUAUAUACAAAGAUAUGAAGAAGCUGUUUACACCGGAGGAAGCACAAGAACAAGCGAGUCGUGUUCUUCUCGCUACCUUGUCCAUUCCGGAGGGUGCCGAUGCUCCGUCUGAUUUGGCUCGCAAUUUGGAUAUUGAGGAGCAACAUGUGGCCAACAUGAGGCUUCUAUCGAACCUCCUCCGUUUGCCGAUUGCCCCUACCAAAGCUGGAAUUCUCAAAGAAGCCGCAAGAAUUGGUGUUCCUGAAGCUGCAAGCAGCACUGCUACUGAACUCUAUAAGCUUCUGGAGAACAACUUUUCUCCAUUGAGAAUCGCUAUGGAUGUUCAGGCAGUUUUGAAUACUAUUGAGCGACCAGAUCAUCUUCAAUAUGUUGAAUCUCUUCAGUCGGUUGCCGCAAUCAUGACGUUGAAGCAGGUCUCUGUGAUUUAUGAUUCCAUUAGUUGGGAGCGCAUCCGAAAGGUUAUUCCGUUCUAUUCCGACUUGGAAUUGGAGAGGAUUGUCGUUGAAGCCAGUAAACAUCGUGUUGUGAAGGCCCAGCUUGAUCACCGUUCAGACUGUGUUCGUUUCGGAUCGGCAGAGGUAACUCUUGCUGGAGGAUUCGAUUUGGAAGAGACGGAAGGCUUCACAGGAGAUGACACACAGCUCGGAGUUGAAGGAAUCCGCAAUCACCUGGAACUCAUGUACGUGAAACUUCGUUCAAUUGCUUAUCAGCUUGACGGAGAGAAACGAAAGAAAGAGCUUAUUACAAGAAUCGAGAAUCAUGCUCAAAAUUACGAACGCCACCGACCGCAGGAGAUCGAACGUAUUCAACAAAGAAGAAAGAAGUUGGAAAACUACAAAGAAAACUGGGAACGCGUCAAGGCUGAAAAGACUGCUCAAGCUCAAAGCGAAGCUGCAAAACGCGAGGAAAGCAUGCGAGCUGACGAGAUGAAGCGACUCGAAGAGCAAAAUAAGGAAAGCGAAAAGAAGAGAAAACUCGCUGAGCAGGAAGAAGUCCAAAGAAAGAUAAAGCAAGAUCAACUCAAGAAAAUGCAGCAGAAUGCCAUUUACCAAGCCAUCAUCAAGGAGAAGGGACUAGAUCAAUUCCAGGAUAUGGAUCCCGAGCAAGUUUUGCGCGAGCAGCGCGAACGCCUUGAUCGUGAGCGCGCUGAAACGCAGAAACGUCUUCAACAACAGGAUAAGAACUUCGAUCACCACAUUCGAGCAAUUCAUCUGGAGGAAAUGCAAGAGCGUCGUGCUAUUAUGAGCAAGCGAGCUGCGCAAGCUCCACUUAUCCACCAGAAGAACGAGGAAGCUCGAAUUGCGAAAGAAAUUGCUAACCAUGAGAAGGAGGUGAGGAUUUGGACUCUUUGGGAACAAGUUCGCAACCAAGCCGAGGAUUGGAUUGCCAAGGUUAAAGAAGACAAUGCUGAUGUCUUUAAGCAGAAGAUUUCCGAUUGGGAAGCUAAGCUGGAGGCUGUACGUAACGCGCGACUCGCUGAACGCGCUGAAAAACGUAAGAAGGAGCGCAAAGAGCAACGUCAAAAAGAAAAAGCCGAGGAAGAGCGAAAGAAGCGCGAAGAGGAAGAGCGCGCUCGCCAGCAAGUUAUCGAGGAACAACGUCGUCAACGCGACAAUCGCGAACCGCGUCGUAUGCGUGACGAAGACUCUGCCGCAAACCGCGACUCGAACUGGAGAACUGGUGGAGGUGUUCCAAGUCGUGCUCGUGAAGAGCCCAGAGAAAGAUCAUUCCGUGAUGAACGACCACCACUUCGCGAACGUGACAAUGCGCCGGCGUCUUAUGCCGAUCAAGACAAUUCUUGGAGAAGAAAUGCUGCGCCGGUGGCAGCCGCUCCUCGUGUUGUUGAAGAGCGUCGACGAUACGAAAUUCCGUCCAGACACAGUGGACAAUUAGAGAAUUCCGAAGUUUGGACUCGUGGUAACACCGUGUCAGCUGUUAAAUCGACCAGCUCUACACCUCCUCCCGCUGAAGCAAAGCCGGGCAAAUUUAUUCCAUCGCGGUUGAGGAAUCAACAGACGGGAGCCGCCGCCGGACAAACGGAUCCACCGAAGCCAACUGGACAUCCACCAAGAAGGGAUUUCGGAGGCCCGAGACGAGAUGGACCAAGUCGCCCAAUUGGAAGAUCGAAUGCUGAUUCUGUUGACAGUUGGAGAAAAUAG